AUGUGCCCACACUUUUAUUCUCGAUAUAAUGCGCGAUCGAGUUUGCGCGCUCGGCUGCACGCUAGCCAGAUGGUCACGGUGAAUGACACCGCGAAGCAAAUUGCGAAGCGCGAACCGGACUUGGCGACAGGCACCGUGUCUAGUUUGUGCCGGAGACGGCGGAGUCUCACCCCGCUGGUCAUUAGCGAAGCGCGCGUCGGCAUUUCCAGCCUUGCCUAUAAAACACCCAGUCGUUUGCGGGCAGAAGUAAUC